GAAAAUUGCGCACCAUCUUUUCAUUUCAUUCAUCACACACAGUACUGUCACCUCUACCUUCCCACUAUUCCUCCUAACCAAUUUUGUGUAUAAAUAUAUCCAUUCACAAAUCACAACUACUCAUUUUUCAUCACACAAAAACAAAUCUCUAUUCUCUCUCUCUCUCUUUUUCUCUCUCUGUUUCUUCAUCUUCUUCUCUUCGUUGAUAUCAUUGUAUGGCAGCCAAUUCGAAUGUCCGAUCGAUCACUGGCUUCGGAAAGCAACUCAUCAACCAGAUCUGGAGGAAUAACUCUGCAUCUCCUCCUCUUUCACUUGCAUCUAGGAGGGCAGCAUACAGUUCAGUGUAUGACAAGAACGCUGAUGAUCAUAUCCGCUCUGAGCCAGUCCCUGAUGAUGUGAUCCAGUCAACUCAAUCCACCAAAUACUGGGCUCCACACCCACACACUGGUGUAUUUGGGCCCCCAGGAGAGCAUUCCACUGAUGCAAGUGCUGCUGCUGCAAGUUCAGUGCUGGAGGAAAAGGCUUGGUUUCGUCCCUCCAGUCUUGAGGACUUGGAGAAGCCCCACCCUACUCACCCUCAAUAGUUUACUACUAUCCCUUUCCUUUAGAACAUAAUAUAUCAUAUGUAUAUGUGUGCGUAUAAAUAAGGGCAGUACUUGUGACCGGCCGAGUUGAAGUGGUUGUGUGUGGUAAUUAUAGCUUGUGUAUAUUUUGUGCUGAACUUCAAAGUGUGCACAGACUGCACUGCAGCCUGCAGGUUUAUGCUUGUUGAAGAGUGUGGAACCAGAGCUUUUGUUAUACAUAAAUAGCUAGACAUGAACUGCGUUCAUAUGCAUGUAAGCUUCUUGUUUCUGUUUUCAUGCAGCUUUAAUAUUAGACCUAUGGUUGUGCUA